AUGGUUCUGUUUUCAGUUCUCUACUUAGUUCUUUGGCCAGCAAGCUCUUUGGCUGCUCUUCCCCAAGAUUGGCAAGCUUGCAAAGUUGGAUCUAAUGAUUGUAUUUUGAAGUCUGUUAAUGCUGCUCUGCAAUCUUUGAAGAAUGGAAAUAAACAACUAGGAAUUGGACCAAUAGAUCCUCUCAGAAUAAUGUCAAUGAAAAUGGACCAAGGCUCGGGAGCAGUUAGUGUUAAAUUGGAAUUUCAAGACUUGGAUAUCUUUGGUCUAUCUUCCUGCAAUGCGACUGCCAUUAAGAAUAAUAAUUGGAAGACACUUGAAGGACAAGCUAUCUGUAAAACAUUUGAUAUGACGGGGAACUACAAAGCUAAUGGCAAAGUAUUAUCCCUACCGAUAUCAGGAAAUGGAGACUUUGAUCUACACUUUGAUAUGAUGGAAGCCAAUAUAACCAUCCAUUUAAAAGAAAGUUUCAAUAAAGGUAAAAAAUACUUUGAUGUGUCUUCAUUGAACUUAAUCGUGAAUCCAAACAAUGCAACAUUUUAUUUUGAAAAUCUCUUUGAUGGGGACGAAGUAUUGAGUGAAAAUAUGAAUACGUUCUUGAAUGAAAAUUCUGAAAUAAUCAUAAAAGAACUGAAUCCAUCUUUUUCUAAAGGGCUGUCACAAGCGUUAUUUCAAAUAACUAGUCAAAUAUUUUCCAAAAUUCCAUCGAAUGAAAUCAAUAUUCAUUAA